AAAGCUAAAUAAGCUGAAUCGAACCAACAAUUUUCGCUAAUUUAUUUUUUCUCAAUUCUCUACUUUCGUGUUGUGUUCACACCACGGUACAUAAUGGAUUCUCCAGAUAUGUUAACAUCUUCAAACUCUAAUGCGGAGUCCCAUGAUUCAGAGAAUACACAACCACCCGCGCAGGAUGCCGAAGACUACACAGACUUACAAGAACAAGUAAUUGCAAACUUUCAGAAACCAAACUUGCCCAAUGUAAAUGUACCAGAGCACAUAGUUUUUUGCUUGGACAUCUGCCAUGACAACCCGAACUCUCUAUACCGUCUCGGCGACGGCACUACGUUUACUCCAAUCAAUAUGUUUAAGCGUGUCUUAGACUUCUUUUUGUACUCAAAACAUGCUAUUAACAGGCAUACAGAAUUUGCCUUACUGGCUAUGAAAGAUACAGAGGCGUUGUGGCUUCAUAACUUUACAAAUAACUUAAAAGAGAUAAUCAACACUAUAGAUUAUAUAAACCCAGAGGAGGGCACAUCAGAAACUUUUGAUUUUAAGAAAGUAAUUCAGAUUUUGAAGCAAAAAAUUGAAAUACCCGAGUAUAAGCAAUCGGAAUGCAUUGUGCCGCCACCUUAUGUUGUAAGAAUGAUAGUGUUGUAUGGACGGUCUAGUUGUUUACCAUUGAUACCCCAAGAAGAUCCGUACUUCAUAUCUUUGAAGAAACAGAUGUAUUUCUACAUUGACAUCUUAUUAGCACACGAAGAAGACUGCGCACUGUACAAAUGUGAAGACAUAUAUGAUGCAUUGCAAGAUUUGGAUGACGGCUACUCUUAUGUUUACGAAGUAUCAAGAAACGCCACGAAAAUUCAUGAUUGUAUAGCAAAGUUAUUGGCACACCCUCUACAAAGACCUUUGCAAAAAAAUACUGACUAUAGUUUUGGGUCUAGGUCAAAUUUUUAGUAUUAAAUUUUUUAUUACUUUUCAGUAUAUCUGAAGUAGCUCAAACUGAUAAAAAAUAAAUUUUGCAAUUUUGUUCAAUGACAAUAUGAUAAGUCAAUAGUUUAGAGGAGAAAGGGCGUAAAAGUCAAUCUUAUCAAAAAAUUGUUGAUUACAUCCAUUGCCUUACAAUUAUAUGGACAUCGGGUCCACGCUAAAAAGUGUCCGAACUUACAGG